GAACUAUACUCUUUAGUCUCUAUGUGUCUCAGAUGAUGAUGCCGUGAUGUAAACGUUUUGAACCAUAGGACUUUUUAAUCAUUGGCGUUGGUGAUAUAAACAUGUGGCUAUUCAUGACGGCUAUUGUUUGUGGUUGAAGCUUUUUUGUAAUGAGAUUAUGUUGCUCAUAUUUGCGUAAAUUAUUGCCGACAUCUUAAAGACCUUUCAUAGUGGUUUUCAGCUACGUAAACGGGAUGAUGUCAGAUAUUUCAAAUGUAGAAACUUUUGUAAACAAACAUUUAGUUCUACUGGAUCUAGAAAGAACGACCGAGGUCGAAGAAAAUAAAUGUCUUCAGGAAUGUAAUUCUGUCAAAGUUCUGCAGAAGAAGGGGAUAUGCAUUACGAAAUUAAGGUUUGGCAGAUCAUCAACGGGCCUCUUUGGUAGAUCAUUAAUAAAUUUCGAACCUGCUUCAUCUAAUUGUUUCUUACCAUCACAUUUAAUCACUUCUGGUGAUAUUGUUGGUGUAGGAAAAGUAAAUUCAGAUGGAAGACUUGAAAUUAUAGUCUCGGGAGUUGUUACUCGUGUAAAUGAUUCUUUUUUAACUGUAGCUUUUGAAAAAAAUUCUGAUUCAUCGGAUUUGGAGAGUGAUGUCCAUUAUACAAUCAUAAAAUUAGCUAAUGAUGUCACAUAUAAGCGUUUAAAGAGAGCACUGAAGACGUUAGAAAAUAAAGGAAGAGAAUCUCAUCUAGUAAAUGUUCUCUUUGGUCAGGCUAGUCCAUCAGUAUGUGAUUCAUCAACAUUUAAUGAUAUUGUUUUCAAAAACGACACCCUAAAUGACACUCAGAAAGAAGCUGUGAAAUUUGCUCUUUCUCAGAAAGAAGUUGCUAUUCUACAUGGACCUCCUGGUACUGGAAAAACAACAACUGUUGUGGAGUGCAUUCUUCAAGCAGUCUCUCAAAAAUUGAAGGUUCUUGCAUGUGCUCCUUCAAAUAUUGCUGUUGAUAAUUUAGUGGAGAAAUUAGCUCCUUACAAAGUAAAAAUGGUUCGGUUGGGUCACCCAGCUCGUUUUCUUACAAGUAUUCAGCAGUAUUCUUUGGAUGCUGUGGUCUCGCAAUACGAUGGCAGUGAUGUGAUUGAUGAUAUGCAUAAAGAGGUUGACAAACUGAGAGGAAAAAUUGGAAAGAUAAAAGGAUCUGCUGGUAGAAAAGCCUUAUGGGCUGAAAACAAAUCAUUGUUGAAAGAAAUUAAAGAAAGAGAGAAAUCUAUUGUUAAGCAAGUAUUAAAAAAUGUAGAUAUAGUGCUUUCUACACUUACUUCAGCAUCUGAUGAUGGUCCUUUAAAACAUAUAGAUAAAGACCAUUUUGAUAUUUGCUUCAUUGAUGAAUGCUCUCAGGCUCUUGAAGCGUCUUGUUGGAUCCCCUUGAUGAUGGUAAAAAGAUGUGUCUUGGCUGGAGAUCAUCAUCAGCUGCCACCAACAAUAAUAUCAGAGAAAGCUGCAAAAGAGGGUUUGUCAUUGACUUUAAUGGAGAGACUUUUAAAACUUCAUGGAGAUAUUAUUAAAAAAAUGCUUACAUUGCAAUAUCGUAUGAACCAUAUUAUAAUGCAGUGGCCAUCUGAUGAGUUGUAUGAUAGUAAGUUACAGGCUCAUGAAUCUGUACACUCUCAUCUUUUAAGUCAUUUACCAGGCAUUGAAAGUAAUGAUGACACAACAGUACCAUUGCUGUUAAUUGACACUGCAGGUUGUGACCUUUACGAGCUUGAAGCUGAAAAUGAGGAAUCAAAGGGAAAUGAAGGAGAAGCUGAUUUGGUUGCUUUGCAUGUUGAAAACCUGAUAAAAAGUGGACUUUCUCCUACUGAUAUUGCAGUUAUUACACCCUACAACCUUCAAGUAGAUCUUAUCAAAGCUAGAUUUUCAGCAAAAUAUCCAAAACUAGAAAUUAAAUCUGUUGAUGGUUUUCAAGGGAGAGAAAAGGAAGCUGUUGUAUUGUCCUUAGUACGUUCAAAUGAUGAAGGUGAAGUUGGGUUCUUAUCUGAAGAUCGGCGUAUAAAUGUUGCUAUAACACGUGCCAAGAGACAUCUUGCUGUAAUCUGCAAUAGCGAUACAGUUUCUCAUCAUAAAUUUUUAAAAUCGUUUAUAAAUUACUGUAUAGAAAAUGGUGAAGUAAGAACAGCUUUCCAACAUAUUGAUGAAAUAGGCCAAUAUUCGAUUGCGACUAAACGACCUUCAGAAAAGUCUGAAAAGCUUAUUAGCUCUCAUAAAACUAAUAAAACACAUAUUAACUCUAAUGUAAGGAAGUCGACAGAUUCUAUAACAGUUUCAAUGCUAUCAAAGGAAAGUGGUCAACUCCAUAAAGAAAAUAUUGAUAGAACUGCUGUUGAAAACAAGUUCAGGGAUAUUAUUCAAGAUUUCAUUAAAAGUGAUAAGCAAACAUUUUCAUUUUCAUCAUCUCUUUCUGCAUUUGAAAGGCGCACAGUUCAUGAGAUUUCAGAACAAUAUGGACUGAGUCAUGUAAGUCAUGGAGAAGGAAAUGAUCGUCAUAUUGAAAUUAAAAAACAGCUAGAUGUUGCCUCAACAAUGAAUACAUAUGCAUCAGAAAAAACUGAAAUACACUCAGAAAAUACAGUAAAUACUCUAGAAUGUAUAAAAACAAAUAAUGAAAAUAAUCAAGGUCAUUCAAGUGAAAGUUAUGAAAAUAAAUUACCAUCGAAAAACAAGGAAGGGAAAUUAAAAAAGAAAGAACAAGUGCAAAAAGUUAGUCAGUCAUCAAAACUGAAGCUUAAGAGUCCAAAACUACAAGAAAAUAAAACUUCUGAGGAUAAUUUUGAUGAACUUAUUGAACAAGUAAUGAAAGCUGAUAAAACUUGCUGUUUUGAAAACUGUAAAAAGUGUAUUGCUACUUUAUCUCAAGUCUGUCAAUUCUGUAGAGGUCGGUUCUGUUUGAAUCAUUUCAUUCCAGAGGUUCAUGGAUGUGGUGAUGCUGCAAAGGCAUUUGCACGAAGUCAGAUUCGUAAAGACGGUGUACUUUAUCCUGGAAGUGGGAAACCACAGAAGAAGGUAGAUCCUAUAAAACGUUCACAUCUACAAAAUAAAUUGGAUAAAAAACUCAAUGAAUUAUCAUUGCAACGAAAACCCAAACCCAAACCAAAACCAAAAGAUUAAAGUAUAAAUGCAACUGUGGCUUCCCUUUCAUUGCUGCUGAUGAAGUGGAAUUUGUAUUUGCUCUUGAAAUCGAUUGUCUUGAGUAAAAUCUAUGCUAAACAGACAGUUGUUCCUUUGCCAAAUUUUAUGUUUUACUUUGGCAUGUUUCUCUUCAAUCUUGAUAUAUCUUCCAUGUUUGGCGAUAUCAUAAAUUUGAAUCCACCAUUAUGUACAUUUAGCAUAUUUUCAGGGUUCACUGUUAUUUGCUGUUUGAUUAGGAGAAUAAAUUAACUUUGUUAUGUAAAUUAGCGAUUUAAAAUAAACUGGCUUCAAAAUAGAAAGAA